AUGGCUAACUCUGACUCGGAGCCUCAACCUCCAAAGAGAACAGCCGAAGAUCUCGCAGAUCACCCACCGAAGCGUCGCAGAAUCCCAAUUGCCUGCAAUGCAUGCCGUAAUCGAAAAUCAAGGUGCGACGGGGCUCAGCCCACGUGUAGUAUGUGCAGCACGAACGGCAAUGAAUGCGUUUACUUGAAGCCAUCUGCCCGGCAGACGAUGGAAGAAAGCCAGCCCUACAAAGACCUGGAUCAACGAUUACAAGCUCUAGAAGACUUUGUUCGAGCAGUUAGAUCAACCUCAAUACUCAACGAGGUGGCUCAUGCCACAUCAAUCGGGUCUGGCGCACCAGCGAGUCCACCACGGAGCGGCCAUGGAGGUAGUAACAUUGGCCUCGACGAAUCUCGCAGCCUUGCCUUAAUGGUUGACCCCGUUGACGGGAUGGGUGCUGUGCUCUCUGAAAAUAAUGAACGAUCAACCUUCCAUGGGCCUUCAUCGAACAUAACUUUCACACGCUGUAUUACGCAAAUGAUAGCUAGGUUGGGCAACAUCAUCAACCCAUGGGACUCGACCAACGGUCAAAAUGUCGGCGUUGGCUACGUCAAUAUUACUCACUCUCCAGAAAGCACAAACACCAACUAUCAUAGCCUUUCAAAUGCGAAAGCCGCAGAAUUCGACAAAUUUGCAACACCACCAGACGCACUGGCAACAGAGUUGAUUCAACACUACUUCUCCGAUGUUGGCAGCCAUAGCCUUUUCCCGUUCUUACACCAGCAAUCUUUCAUGGACAACUAUGCACACAUGAAGAAGUACGGACCAAGAUAUAUGAGGAGAACCUGGCUCGGUUUGUUUAACAUGGUUCUCGCCGUCGCCACGAACAUGGUUGAUCGCGAUGAGGCGACCUCGCCUGGCCGCAUAAAUGAAGCACAGACAUACUACCAACGGGCAGUCAGUCUCUGCGACACGAGUGCUUUGAACGGCGCGAGCUUGGAGCUGGUGCAAUACCUGGUCUCUCAAACACAAUAUCUACAAGCCACGCAGAAGUCCAUACAAACUGGUAUUGUCCAUUCGAUGUCGGUUAAUGCUGCCAUCCGAAUAGGCCUUCAUUCUCAGCAGGCCUCGCAGGCCUAUCUCCCUCUCGAAAGGGAGAUGCGUAAGCGAACUUGGUAUAUGUGCAUGAUAUUUGACAGAGUCUUGAGCAUGACCCUCGGCCAGCCGCCUGUUAUUCCAAACAGCUUCCUGACCUUGGAUCUUCCUGCGCACUUUUCUCCGGAUCCGUUAGAAUACCAACGGAUGGACAGCCACACGGACUCGAGCUUGGAAUUGUUCGUUGCAACGAUAAAACUAUAUAAGAUCAUGGGAAAGGUCAUCGAGAGACAAUACAAUCAGAACCUGGCACCAGAGAAACCGCAGGGAGUACUGGACAUUAUCACACCACUAGCCAGCAUGGACAAUGAACUGCGCGAAUGGGACCACGAGCUCCCACCGGAGAUGAGGACAAUCUCUUCGACUGAGUUGGCACCAAUUUUGCCUCUCCUUCAACGCGACGGACCGCCCAAUAUUUCAAAAAGAUCUCAACUCCAUCUCACCAUGCGGUGUCUCAAUUUACGUUUGUUGUUGCACCGGCCGGUCUUGGUCAAGUACCUGGAAACAUCGCAUUCUUCCAACGUCGAUCCAACCGAAGAGGCAAUGCUGAGUCGACUUGGCUCUCAUAGCAUCUAUGUGUGCCUCCGCUCGGCAACGGAGAUUAUCAAAAUUGUAAGCAUGCUUGUUCAGGGUCGAGGCACGGCGAGGAAGUAUUUGAAUGCAUGGUGGUUCACUCUGUAUUACACAUUCAACGCAGCCUUAGUCGUCUUCGCCGUGAUGAUGAUAUGUCACGAAACUGGACGAGUGAUUCCCGAUGCACCGUCCAAGGAAGAUUGUAGGGACGGCCUAGAAAAAGCCAUCAAAGCACUGGCUGACCUAGACCAUGGCAACAAGAUGAUCGAACGUUGCCAUGAUUACCUCGAGCGGCUUUUUGUCGCAACAACUACUCUGACAGCAGCUGCUACUGAUCCUACAGACAUAAAUGGGUUUAGAUCUUUGACGAGUGGUGUUAGCCGUCCGGCAAAUAACCUGGAGAUGGCGCCUUCGCAACCCUUCCUCGCAGGACACGCAAAUUUCGAAAGGAACGUUGUAGACAUCAUGACAGGUGACGAUCUGGGAUUUCUGGAUCUCUACUUCGCGCCUGGAAACGAUGUUCCCUCGACUAUUGCCAACUCUGACUUUGCUACCAACAUGGACUAUCUACCUUGA